GACCUGUGAUAGUAGAAAUUCCCCAUUUUGGAUCAAUGAGAAGUAAGGAGAGAGAAUUGAUUGUACUGAGAAGUGAGAAUGGAGAGGCAUGGAAAGAGCAUCAAUAUGACUGCAAGCUGGAGGAGCUGACUGAGUUACUCAAUGGCAUGGAUGAAGAACUGGACAGUGCAGAAGAACUGGAGAAAAAGAGAAUAUGCAGAAUUGUUACAAAGGAUUUCCCUCAAUACUUUGCUGUUGUGUCUCGGAUAAAGCAAGAAAGUAACCAGAUUGGACCAGAAGGUGGAGUUCUGAAGAGCACAACAGUCCCACGUGUUCAGGCAUCCUUCCCAGAGGGGGCUUUGACUAAAAGAAUUCGAGUAGGCCUUCAGGCACAGCCGGUACCCGAUGAACUUGUCAAGAAAGUGAUUGGAAACAAAGCAACAUUCAGCCCCAUUGUCACAGUUGAACCCAGAAGACGAAAAUUCCACAAGCCAAUAACCAUGACAAUUCCGGUGCCACCACCAUCUGGUGAAGGUGUAAGCAAUGGCUAUAAAGGAGACACCACCCCAAGUUUGAGGCUACUGUGCAGUAUUACGGGUGGGACAUCUCCAGCUCAGUGGGAGGAUAUUACAGGGACUACGCCUUUAACCUUUGUCAAUGACUGCGUCUCUUUUACAACCAAUGUAUCUGCCAGAUUUUGGCUUGGUGACUGCCAUCAAAUCCCCGAAACUGUAAGCCUAGCAACGCAGCUUUACAGGGAGUUAAUAUGUGUUCCUUAUAUGGCCAAGUUUGUUGUUUUUGCUAAAAUGAAUGAUCCUGUAGAAGCCCGCCUGCGCUGCUUCUGUAUGACUGAUGACAAAGUGGACAAAACACUGGAACAGCAGGAAAACUUUGAAGAAGUUGCUAGGAGUAAAGACAUUGAGGUUCUAGAAGGAAAAACAAUCCAUGUCGACUGCUACGGAAAUCUAGCGCCACUAACUAAAGGAGGACAACAACUUAUAUUUAAUUUCUAUGCUUUCAAAGAAAAUAGACUACCGUUUUCUGUAAAGGUGAGAGACCCCAGCCAAGAACCUUGUGGUCGCUUGUCCUUUUUGAAAGAGCCAAAGACAACAAAAGGCCUGCCACAGACUGCUGUCUGCAACCUCAACAUCACUCUUCCAACACAGAAGAAGGAAACAGAGUCAGACCAAGAUGAUGAGAUGGAGAAAGUGGACCGUCGUCAGAAUUUUGUGUCUUUAGCUUUGCGUAAGCGAUACAGCUAUUUGACUGAGCCUGGAAUGAAACCAGUUGAACGGAGCACAGGAACAACAAGACCUGUCCCUGCCACUUAUGCUUACAAGCCAGGCUUUCCAACAAGACCGUAUCAGUCAUGGACAACUGCUCCAAUUACAGUCCCUGGGCAGACCAAAUCAGGCUUUACAUCUCUGUCAAGCUCCUCCUCUAAUACACCAUCAGCAUCCCCAUUAAAAUCAAUUUGGUCUGUCUCCUCUGCUUCUCCAAUAAAAUCCACGCUAGGAGCUUCUACUACAUCUUCUGUUAAAUCUGUUAGCGAUGUAGCAUCACCAAUAAGAUCAUUUCGGACAAUCGCUUCUCCGAUAAAAACUGUUGUGUCUCAGCCUCCAUAUACAAUUCAAGGCUCUACAGGGUCACCAAUUAGGGUUUCUUCAAUAGCAGAGGCUGCUGCUUUCAAAGGAUUGUCUUCCACCUCAGUUUUCACUUCCAGAACUUCUCCAGUGACCACUGCUGGGUCUCUUUUAGAAAGAUCAUCCAUCACAAUGACACCUCCAGCCUCCCCUAAAUCAAACAUCAAUAUGUAUUCUUCAACUUUACCAUUUAAAUCAAUCAUUACUUCUGCAGGGUCACUUUCAUCUUCAGCUUUAAAAUCCGUGGUUUCUCCUGCCGUCUCUACUACUUCUAAAGUGAAUAUUACGUCUACUCUUUCUUCACCAUUAAAGAUUGGGAAUGGUCCAAGUGAGGUUGGAUUAAUGAAUGGGUCUGCCUCACCUUUAAAGUAUCCACUUUGUUCAAAUUACAUCAAUGGCUCAGCUGUAAAUUUGCAAGACAAAAUAUCAGCUGUUACAAAAUCAGCAACUGCUUCAGUUAGCACAACAAUUGAGACAGCUGAAAAAAGCUACUCCAUUCCCACUACUUCGCAAAUGUCAUAUUCACCUCUCAAGUCUUUCUCAUCAACCGCUUCAGCUUUUCAAACCAUAAGAACUCCCCCUACUGGUGCAGUGUACACAUCUUUUAGGUCUACUUUGUCCUCUACUACCUCAUCUGUUACAUCGUCAACCUUUACUGUACCAGUAUAUUCUGUAGUAAAUGUUUUAUCAGAACCAACCUUAAAAAAAUUGACAGAGUCUGCAUCAUUGACUAAAUCCACUGCUACUCUGUUAUCACCAUCAAAAAAUGCAUCAGCAGAGACAACCAGUCAGUUUAGUCGAAUUUCUUCACCCCUUAAAACAUCCUUAUUUUUGUCUCCUGCUGCCCUCAAGUUAUCUGCUACCUCUCCAUUGUCUUCGAGUCAGGAAAUCUUAAAAGACGUUGCUGAUAUGAAAGAAGACUUAAUAAGAAUGACGGCAAUUUUACAGACUGAUACUUCUGAGGAUAAACCAUACCACUCAGAAUUAACUAAGGAAGUUAGAAUUGAAGAUGAAGAGCCAUUUAAAAUUGUAGAGAAAGUAAAAGAGGACCUGGUCAAAGUCAGUGAAAUUUUGAAAAAAGAUGUGUUUUUGGAAAAAAUGGCGUCUGUUUGUGGUCAGGGGCAAUCACCAGAAGAUGACUGGGUAGAAUUUAGUAGGGAGGAACUUGAAGAAGCUAGAGAGCGUGCCAGCACCACCCCAUUUUACUCAACAGACAAGGUGGAGUUAAAAUCUAGAACUUUAUCUGAAAAAGACUAUAAUUUAACAAAGGUCAUUGAUUACUUGACAAAUGACAUUGGUGGUAACACAUUUUCAAAUCUGAAAUACAGAUAUGACGAUGGGAAAAAAGAAGGAGAGGAGAAGCAAAAAAGAGUGUUGAAACCAGGUAUAGCACUACAGGACCAUAAACUAAAAAUGCCCCCAUCAUCAAUGAGAUCUUCGGCUUCAGAAAAAGAGUUGUGUAAAAUUGCAGACUCUGUCUUUGGAACAGACAUGAUUUUGGAGUCACCAGAUGAUUUUUCGCAACAUGAGCAGGAUAAAAGUCCUUUGUCUGAUAGUGGAUUUGAAACAAGAAGUGAAAAAACACCAUCUGCCCCUCAGAGUGCUGAAAGCACUGGUCCUAAGCCACUUUUUCAGGAUGUACCCAUCCCACCAGUGAUUACUGAAACAAGAACUGAAGUUGUGCAUGUUAUAAGAAGCUACGAGCCUUCAAGUGGGGAGGUUAUAGAAUCUGAAAAGGGGGAAACUUCACAAAUAAAACCAGAUAAAUCUUUUAUGGUGGAACUAGAACAAAGUUCACCUGGAUCCAUAAAAGUCAAAAGUAAGGGAUUUCAGCUUAAAUCUGGAAUUGAUGAGGAGGACCACACAGGGGUUUUAGGAAAAGGAGUAAGAGUAAAAGAAGAAACUCAUAUCACAACAACUACAAGAAUGGUUUACCAUCAACCUCCUUCUUCUGAAAAAGCAGAAAGGAUAGAGGAAACUAUGUCUGUCCAUGAUAUAAUGAAAGCUUUCCAGUCGGGCCGAGAUCCAUCUAAAGAGCUGGCAGGUCUGUUUGAACACAAAACUUCAGUAACUUCGGAUGUUCAGAAGUGUACAGAAAGCCCACAACAACUUGCUGAAAGAGACACCAAAAUGAAACCAAAACUGGAGCGCAUAAUUGAGGUCCAUAUUGAAAAAGGUCCUCAAAGUCCAUGCGAACGUACUGACAUAAGGAUGGCCAUAGUUGCUGAUCAUUUAGGACUUAGUUGGACAGAACUUGCGAGAGAAUUGAAUUUUUCAGUCGAUGAAAUUAAUCAGAUUCGUGUUGAAAAUCCUAAUUCUUUGACCACACAAAGCUUUAUGCUGUUAAAGAAGUGGGUUAUAAGAGAAGGCAAGAAUGCAACAACUGAUUCCUUAACUAAUGUCCUGACGAAGAUCAACCGAAUAGACAUAGUGACGUUGUUGGAGGGCCCAAUAUUUGACUAUGGAAACAUUAGUGGAACAAGAAGUUUUUCAGAUGACAGCAAUGUGUUCAAUGACCCCGCUGUUGAUGGUUUCCCAACCAUCCAAGUGGAACUGGAAACUCCCACUGGCUUGCGUUAUGUGCCUCCCACCCCCCUACACCAAGAUGAUUUCUUUAGUGAUAACUCUAGCAUAGAGUCCCCCCUUAGAACUCCUAGUAGACUGAGUGACAUGUUAGUAAAUCCACAGGGCAAUGGAGACAUUUUAGCUGCUCCACCCGUGGUGGCUGCAGAGGACACGUCACUAGAUGAUGGCAGAUUUGACUAUUUAAUUCACAGUCCUGGUGCUUCUUAUGAAAUGGCCAUUCAUCGGGUGAAAUUUGAAGAUGUAAAAUUGCACGAUGAACCCCUAAGUGAGGGUAGCUACAUUGAAGUUGAAAAGGCUGCUCAAAGAGGAGAGGAAUCUGAGGAGCAUGAGAGAGAUGCAUCUGGUCCUGAGGAGGAGAUGACCGAAGAAAGGCUUAAAUUACUAUUUAAGCAACUUCAUCUUGAAGAGGUGGAGUCAGAGGAGAUGACUGAAGAGAAGGUGCAGGCUAUCCUCAGGAAUGUUCAACAAGCAGAACAAGAACUUUCUUCAAUUGCAGGUUGGCACACAGAAACAGUGAGCACCCAGGCAGAACAUACAGAGCGGAAAAUCAGCAGCGAACUGUUGGAAAGAUUGGAUGACAGCCAUGAGACAAUUACCUCAUACCUCAAAGGAGAAGUAGGAAGGCUGGAAUCUACUGUCAGUCCUUCUGAGUCACUAACAGAAGGUAAGACCAGUUCCAGCACGCUGGAGACGAACCCAGUGAAAGCAAAUGACAAACAGAAACCAAAAUCACUCCAAGGAACAAAUGGAAGAGGAGAGCAGAAGGUGGUAAUAGGAGAGCAUAGGAGCUCAUUACCUGUUAGUGCUAAAAGGACUGGCUUGGAAGAAGGCAGAUCUAGGCCCCACACCCAUGCAGACGAGGGAGCAUCUGCAGAAAAGGAUUCUAGUGACAGUGAAUGUGAGAGUGAGUCAAGCUCAGAUGAGGAACGAAGGAUCACUACGACGAAAUUACUCGACGGAGAUUGAUAUAUAAGGGGGAUGAAGUAAAAAACAUUCCUGGUGAAUCUGUUACGGAAGAACAGUAUACAGAUGAAGAAGGCAACAUCAUCACAAAAAAAGUGACACGGAAAGUCGUGAGACGGGUUAUGGUUCCACAAGAGAAAAAAGUUGGUGGAACUGUAACAGUUGGGGCAAGUAAUUUACCUUGUUGUGGUGGUGUAUGCUGUGUGCCUUACUAUUUUAGUUUUUUUUUUAUUACAGUUUUGUGUGUAUCGGGUUUGUUUUAA